AUGCGGCGGAUCUGCGAAAGCCUGAUGCCCUCCUCUUCCCCCGCCAGCAGCAACAGCACCCCCAGCAGCAGCAGCAGCAGCAGCAGCAGCAGCAGCAGCAGCAGCAGCAGCAGCAGCAGCGAGCAGCAGGUUUCGCUGAACGCCAGCUACAGCACUUACCUGAUGGCCCUCUUGUCUUUGCUCGGGUGUAUCCCCUCGAGUUGUUUUGGAGGAGUUGGACUUUUCAAAAUUCCAAAACUUUUCUUUUCUCUUUUUUUGGACAAAAAACUCCAACUAGACCCCCCCCACUUCCACGAGCUUCGACGGGAGUUGGGGGCGAAGGCGCAGAAGCUGCACUUGGUGGGCACGUUGCUGCUGCAGCAGCAGCAGCAGCAGCUGCAGCAGCAGCAGCAGCAGCAGCAGCAGAAGCAGCAGGAGCAGCCUCCGGGCGGGAAGGGCCGCCCCGGCGCAGCAGCCCGCAGCAGCAGCAGCAGCAGCAGCAGCAGCAGCAGCAGCAGGAAGGGCUGGGGAGUGGGGUUUGGCGUGCGUCGGUACCGGCAGCAGCAGCAGCAGCAGCAGCAGCAGCAGCAGCAGCGGUGCUUCCGAGUGGCCGUGCACGUGCUGCAGCAGGAGUACCUGCGGCUCGCAGCAGCAGCAAAGCAGCAGCAAACUUCCCGCUGCUGCUCCGCCUUCUUCUUUGCUGCUCUCGGGUGUCUCUCCACCUGCUGCUCCGCUCUUUGGCUUUUCCAAUUUCUUUUUUUCUUCAUUUCUUUUCUUUUCGAAAAACCCUCCGCCUUCUUCAGCUUCCUCGACCGCCUCCUCGAGCUGCUUGCCAGCCGCAAAGCAGCACUUGUGAGUCUGGCGCUUUACUUCGUGUUGGUUCUUUACUUUCUCAUUUGCGUCGUCCAGGGGUGUUUUUCAGUUGGCAUGAAGCUGUUUUGCUGCUUUUCUAUCCACCCCAUGAAGCGCGAUGGGACUUAUCUCAAUUCCAUUCUUUUUAAUGUUGGAUUGCUUUGCAUUUCCGCGCCAAUUUUUCGGUGGCACAUUUUUGAAUAUCUGCUGCUUGCUGUUUUCCUUUUGACUGUUAUUUAUUCUGUGGUUUGCUGCUGCUGCUGCAGCAGCAGCAGCAGCAGCAAACAGAAGCGGUCUUUGGCGCUGGAGCCGAUCCCCGCGCCGCUGCUGCGGCUGCUAGACAAAGCAGCAGCAGACCCUGCUGCUGCUGCUGCUGCUGCUGCUGCUGGCGGCGGCCAGCAGCAGCAGCAGCAAACAGCAGCAGCAGCAGCAGGAAGCCCCACGAGCCCGUCCAAAGGCCUUCUCGGCCUCUUCAAGGGCGCGCCGAAGCAGCAGCAGCAGCAGCAGCAGCAGCAGCUGCUGCUGCUGCAGCAGCAGCAGCAGCAGCAGCAGGAUGUUCUUUUCGGGAGGCGCCGCGUCGAGUUUGCUGAGGGUUUGGGAGCUUCUUCUCCUUUUGAAAAAGAAGCAAAAGAAGAAAAAGAAAAAAAAGAAAAAAAAGAAAAAAAAGAAAUGACAAAAGUCAAAAAGAAGAAGUGGGGACUUGCUGCUGAAGUCUGA